UUUUUUGGUUUCUUUUUUUUUUUUGAAAAAUUUCCCGACGCUAUUACAUAAUGUCAAAAUCAAAGGCUGGACUGGACCCUGAGGGCAUUGCACCCACGCAGGAUGUCGACGACCAGGUCAUUGCAGAGAAAGUUAUUGAACACGAUGCCGUCUUUGGUCAAAUUACAGAGGAUGGCCCUAACUUCCGAGAUGUCGGCUGGAUAGGAACAACAGCCCUCAUGAUGAAGACCCAGAUCGGUCUGGGUGUUCUCUCGAUGCCUGCAAUCUUCAACGUCCUGGGUAUAAUCCCUGGAGUCAUCUUGAUUCUAGUAAUUGCCGCUAUUACGACCUGGGCUGACUGGAUGGUUGGGGUUUUCAAACUACGCCAUACCCAUGUAUACGGGGUUGAUGAUGUUGGUUACAUGCUCUUUGGUCGGAUGGGAUAUGAGCUUUUUGGCGCUUCUUUCUGUCUUUUGUACGUAUUUGUGUCGGGAUCGGCGAUUCUUAGUAUAUCGAUUGCGUUGAAUGCGCUUUCCACCCACGCAGUCUGUACGGCUGUCUUUGUCGCGGUAUCGGCAAUUGCUGGCUUUAUGUUCUCCAGUAUCCAAACACUUGGACGCAUCAGUUGGCUGGCUUGGAUUGGGGCCUUUUGUAUUAUUGUCUCUGUUUUUGUAGUCACAAUAGGAGUAGGCGUCCAGGGCCACGCCCCCAUGACGGCUGAGGGCAUUAUUCCGGUAUCCGAUUACAAACUCUUCAACAAUCCCACCUUCGCAGAGGCAAUCUCAGCAGUAUCUACCCUUGUCUUUACGUACUCUGGCGCGCCCGCCUUCUUCAGUAUCGUCGCCGAAAUGAGAGAUCCGCGGCUUUACACAAGAGCGCUUUAUAUUUGCCAAAGCACGGUGACGACCAUCUACAUUGUCAUUGGAGUGGUGGUAUACUAUUACUGCGGGUCGUAUGUUAGUUCCCCUGCCCUAGGCUCAGCUGGUCCCAAAAUCAAGAAGGCAGCCUACGGUAUAGCCCUGCCAGGACUCCUCGUCUCGGCAGUUCUCUUUCUUCAUCUUUCUGCCAAACAUAUCUUCAUCCGCAUCUUGCGAGGCUCCAACCACCUCACCACCCGAACCCCCAUCCACUGGGUUACCUGGUUUGGAUCCACGUUCACAGUCACCAUCUGCGCAUAUGUCAUCGCAAGCGGAAUCCCGGUCUUCAGCACCCUCGUUGCCUUGAUCGGCGCUCUGCUCGGCACACUGCUAACCUUCCAGUCGACGGGCUGCAUGUGGCUCUACGAUAACUGGAAAGUAAGCAAGGAAGAACGCACCUGGAAAUGGAAACUUGGGGUUGCUUGGAGUAUCUUCGUCGUUGUCUCUGGCAUGUUCCUGAUGGUUGCCGGGACGUACGGCGCGAUCGUCGAUAUUUUGAACUCCUACCGAACAUCCGGAGGAUCGGCCGCGUGGUCGUGUGCGGACAACUCUAAUUCAUAAUUGUUUCCGUCUCUUUUUUGAUGCGAUUAGCUUGUCAUGUCAUGUGGGCAGUUUGGUUGGGGCGGGUUUGAAACGGGCAGACCCGUUGCUCUGCAAGAAAUAUCUAGUAUCAGUUUGCAAACAUCCACACAAUAAAUGACAUUUUCAC